AUGCCAAAACAAGCUUCUUGGAUAAUGCACAAAAUUUUCAAAGCAAAAAGGCAGUUUGAAGAGAGUGGAAUUAAUGGCACUCAGUUGGACAGCUUCUCCAUCAACUUCACGUACAACAAGCUUAGAGGAGAUUUUGCCAAAGUUUCACGAAGGAAGAUGAUAUGUAAUAACCAAGGGGCCCCUAAGUGGAUCUUCAUCUCAUACCUAGCAAUACAGGGAAAGCUAUACACCAGGGACAGGUUACUCAAAUGGGGGAUUAUUGAUGAUGCUGAGUGUGCUAUGUGUGGUUUGGAAACUGAGUCAGCUGAACAUUUAUUUUUCAAAUGCCCACUGUCUGUCGCAAUCUGGGGAAAGCUUCUCCAAUGGCAUUGGUACUCAAGACCAGUCCUGGCAUGGAAGGAUGAACAACAAUGGCAAAGAUUGUAUGCUAAUGGCAAGAACUCUAAAGAUGAGAUAUACAGGGUGACAUUGGCUGGUUGCAUUUAUACAGUAUGGCAUGAAAGGAAUUGCAGAAUCUUUCAACAGAAAAUGAGGACAGUUGAUGUGCUAACAAAGUUGAUAAUCCAAGAAGUUAUAUGUCGAGGAACCAUGAAGCCUAAGUUAGCUAAGUAG